GAUUUCCCGAAACACAUAUAUACAGGGGCUUUGCGUGUAGAUUUAUACUAUGCCCUUUAUGCGGGUUGUUAAAAAUACUAUCCAACACCCAGCGUUCCAAAACCUUCCAAAAUCGUUUAAUUGGAUUGAUUCCCUAAAGUUCAUCUUGAAUAACUGUUAACUGGACAUGAUUUUAAACAUACGGAGCUGAAAAUCAUUCAUGACACCGAUUGGAUUUUGCCUGGAAUAUAUAUAGCUGUUCUCCAUGUACUCUGUUGUCGUGGACAUAACAAGAAAAGGAGUUAGUUUGUGAAUAUUUUUAAGUAAUUGAAAUGUUGUGACCUCGCGAAUGUGGACACAGUAUUGUGAAGACAUUCUGAGAAUCAUUUAACUCCAAGAGUGCACUUACCAUUCGAUGGUAGCGUAUUCGGUAAACUAUUUGGCACGACUGAUUGAUGAUAUCUAUGAUAUGACCCAACAUGGCUAUUUUCAGCUAUAUUAUGUUUUAUGGAUUAUUCAUUUUUAUACAAGCAAAUGUGUCUGAAGGUGUUGAGUGUUACCAAUGUUCACAUGCCAACGGCACAGGAUCUCCAGACUGUAUCGAGCCAUUUCCAAACCCUGUACCACUCACUAAUAUAACCGUUGUUGAAUGUGAAAAGUAUUGCAUUAAAUCCGUCACCAUGGAAACCGUUACGAAUCCGAUGGGCGGAACAGCGAAAGAGUUCUACGCCACAUCAAGGACGUGUGGAUCACAGUGCAUAGAAGCAUGCUACAGGGCUGCACCGGGUCGGCCCAAAGAGACCUGCACAUACUGCUGCGAGGGAGAACUCUGUAAUACUGCCAACACUAUUUCUCAUAGCCUGGCAUUUCCACUCAUCCUGCUGACUUUUGCAUUGAAGCUUCUUUAGAAAGACCCAUUCUAUGAUAUCCUCAAUUUUAUAUUUAAAAUUACCCCUACACUGUGGAAGCUUAAAUUGUUAUCCAGAUGAAAGAUGAUAGGAUAAUUUUCUGUGGAAGUCGAAAUGUUUUUAGCGAAAGGUCAGAGGGCAAGAUCUAGGAACUCGUCAUGUCUACAUCCUUUAGCUAGCACUGUCUUUUCAUUUUUACAUCCUUUAGCAGAGAUGGUCAGAUGAUACGACCUCUCUAGUAGAAAGGAUUAGAUGAUCAUGUUUACUUGCUUUAGAAGAAAUAAUAGGAUGGCAAGAUGCUUCCCCCAUGGUAGCGUCGAUAUCGCACAAGCAAUAUUUAGGAAAAUAAUUAGAUUUCUGGGAUUUUGCCAUCUAAUCAUCUCAUCAAAGAAUGUAGACAUGACGAGAUCUGAGAUCCUAUCAUUUCCUCCUCCCCUCUUCAAGACCCGCUGCGUCUUUUCCCCAUGGCGUUUUUCAUCUUUUUCAAUGUUGUUGUAUUGACACUUGUCAAUAUCAUGGUGGAGGAGGAAACGAUAUGUUUGCCCCCCCCCCCCCCCCCCAUUGACGCCUCUGAUAAUUGAAAUUGAUAACUGAAAGCUUGGAAUAGCAGAGUAGAGUUGUAUUGGCAUACCGGUGCAAGAAAACAAACUGAUGUUUGUCGCCAUCUAUACGCAACUGUAGGGAUAUACUAGCUAACUUCGAUAAUGAAUCAUUUAGUUUCAAACGCUCUGCAUGUAUAAGGAACACUUGAUACAGAUUGACUUGGUAUGAUAUUAAACUGUCUUUUUUUUAAUUUAGAAAUAUAGCAAGUAACUAACAUGCUUUUAUAGAGGGUACGUGUAUCUUAACAUGUAGAUUUCUUUCCAACUAUUAAAUGUUAAGGUAAUAAAAAUUCGAAUGCAAAAAGGAUGCGAAAAAAAGCAACGAUGCUCCCAUCCUGGUCCAUGUGCUAAGGUGAGAAAUGAUGACAAUCUAUUAACAAUAUAUUUCUCCCUGGAUAUGUUUAAAUUCCAUGGUUACACCCUUUUGAUAAUCAAUAGAGUGCUUCAGUAUUGUUAUUAUGCAGACCCUGAAAUAUUACCUUUUAAGUUAUAUAAUAGAAGGGAUCCAAAAAGUGGUACUCGUACUGCUUGUUCAUAUAAUACAACUAUUGCCAAAGGCCCAUUAUUUUGGAUUGAUAUAAAACCGAAUUUAAAAAAUCCGGUAACAGAUAUUAUCUUAAACGUAAAUUGAAAAACCUCUAUUUUAAAUAUCUGAAUAAUAAUUAAUCGGCUUCUUAAUCAUGUUAAUGUUCAUCCUAACUAUUGUCAGUCCACCCUCAUCUCUCUCUCUCUCUCUCCCCCCCUUUUUUUUAAAAGGCAAAUUUCCUUGUUUUUCCCCUUUGAUUAAUAUUGAUAUUAAAUAAUGAUAUUUAUUAUUGGCAAUAAUUUUAAGUUAUUCAUAGAAAAAUAUAAAUCACAAGCUUUUUAAAAAUAGUUUACCCUUCGUAUUUUCAAUUUUGUAACAUAUCUGUCUCAAAUCAGGAAUGUUCAGAUGUUAUUGCUAUUUUCUAUUUAUAUUGAAUGAUGUUAACGUAUUGUAUUAUUCUUAUUUAAGAUUUAUUCUUUCUUGCUGGAUGUUACAUUGUAUUAUAUUUUGUGAGAUAUGAAAAUAAACACAACUGAAACGGAAACGACUUUCCCAGGCGCAUACAUUACAUGUAUGAAACGUUGUUAAAGAUAAAUUCCAGUUUUGGUAACGAUCUCAAAAUGACUUUUUACAGAAUCUAAUGUAAUGACCACCCAAGUGUCUGUUUGUAUGAAUAAAAAAUAUGUGCCAAAGGAUUCUGGAAGAAAUUGUGUAAUUGCGGAGAAAUAAGCAAAAUAAGCGCGGAUUCUGUCACUUCCGUCGGGUCUUUAUUCCAGCAAUAAUAAUACACUGUCCCACGUGCGCUUAUCUGUGUUGGUGAUCUUCAGUGUGAACAUUUUUCAGCGUAGAUUUCAAGAUUUCACAGAGUUCAGUUUAUGUAACUGUACCAGAUCUAGAUCCUCGAUGAUAUACUGACAAUUAAGCCUGGUUUUACAGACUUUCUAAUGAAAUCAGUGUUUACUGCAAAUACUGGCAUUUCUCUUUAAGGUAAUACGAAAAUGGGCAAAAUGUAUUUUUUUUUUCAUCAUAAAAGCAUUGUUAAUGGAACCACUACAUUUGUGUUUAAUUUCAUCUAGGUAGUUACGACCUUCACACAUUAUACUGUCUUGUACACUAUAAACUCCUACAUUUAAUACACACUUGUACAGUAAGCACUAUUAAAUAACAUACACACUUGGUGUUCUACAAUAUGUAUUAUUAGGGCUUCGUUUACAUAAUAAACACAUACCCUACACGAAAGUUAGACAUUAUUUAUUUUAAGGGGAUUUUUACCCAAAUCACCUCAACUUGGAAGAGAAAACACCUUUUUCCCCCUUUUUCUUACCCCCAAUUCACAUCCAUUCGAAAUUAAAACCAUUUCUAUGGUAGAUUCUUCCCCUUAAUAAACCUGCACCUCCUGUAUG